CCGGCUGCACCCUCCCGCCUCCCGCCGGGGCCAUGCCUUUCCGCCGCCACCCUGCGUGGUCCGCACGGCCGGUCCCGUGGUUCCCUAAGGCGGCCGUUUCUGACUUCCCAAAGGCUGCUAUGGCAUUUCCUCACCUGCAACAGCCCAGCUUCCUCCUGGCUACCCUGAAAGCUGACUCUAUAAAUAAGCCCUUUGCACAGCGUUGCCAAGACUUGGUGAAAGUCAUUGAGGAUUUCCCAGCCAAGGAAUUGCAUGCCAUCUUCCCAUGGCUGGUGGAGAGCAUCUUUGGCAGCCUGGAUGGUGUCCUUGUUGGUUGGAAUCUUCGAUGCCUCCAGGGGCGUGUGAGCCCUGUGGAGUACAGCAUAGCAAUGGAAUUUCUAGACCCAAGUGGCCCCAUGAUGAAGUUGGUGUAUAAGCUUCAAGCUGAAGACUAUAGCUUUGACUUUCCUGUCUCCUGCCUUCCCGGCCCUGUGAAGGCGUCCAUCCAGGAGAAUGUCCUCCCUGACAGUCCUCUGUACCACAACAAGAUCCAGUGUCCUCCCACCGGAGGCCUUGGCCUGAACCUGGCCCUCAACCCAUUUGAAUACUACAUGUUCUUCUUUGCUUUGAGCCUCAUCUCUCAAAAGCCAAUGCCUAUGUCCCUCCAUGUCCGCACUUCAGACUGUGCCUAUUUCAUCCUGGUGGACAGAUACCUGUCAUGGUUCCUGCCCACUGAAGGCAGUGUGCCUCCACCACUUGCUUCCAGUCCGGGGGGCUCCAGCCCCUCACCAGCCCCCAGGACUCCAGCCAUGCCUUUUGCUUCCUAUGGUCUCCACACUAGCCUCUUAAAGCGACAUAUCUCUCAUCAGACAUCUGUGAAUGCAGACCCUGCGUCCCAUGAGAUCUGGCGGUCAGAAACUCUGCUCCAGGUUUUUGUUGAAAUGUGGCUUCAUCAUUAUUCCUUGGAGAUGUACCAAAAAAUGCAGUCCCCGCAUGCCAAGUUGGAGGUUCUACACUACCGACUCAAUGUCUCCAGCGCCCUCCACAGCCCUGCCCAACCCGGCCUCCAGGCCCUCCACGCCUAUCAAGAGUCCUUCACGCCCACUGAGGAGCACGUGCUGGUGGUCCGCCUGCUGCUGAAGCACCUGCACGCCUUUGCCAACAGCCUGAAGCCGGACCAGGCCUCCCCGUCGACACACUCCCAUGCCACCAGCCCCCUGGAGGAGUUCAAGCGGGCUGCUGUGCCGCGGUUUGUCCAGCAGAAGUUGUAUGUCUUCCUGCAGCACUGUUUUGGUCACUGGCCUCUGGACGCCUCCUUCAGAGCCGUCCUGGAGAUGUGGCUGAGCUACCUGCAGCCGUGGAGGUAUGCCCCCGAGAAGCAGGUGCAGAGCAGUGAUUCCCAGCCGCGGUGUGUGUCGGAGAAAUGGGCACCCUUCAUCCAGGAGAACCUGCUGAUGUACACCAAGCUGUUUGUGAGCUUCCUGAACCGUGCGCUCCGCACGGACCUGGUCAGCCCCAAGAAUGCCCUCAUGGUUUUCCGAGUGGCCAAGGUCUUCGCUCAGCCCAACCUGACCGAGAUGAUCCAGAAAGGAGAGCAGCUGUUCCUGGAGCCAGAGCUCAUCAUUCCCCAUCGCCAACAUCGGCUUUUCACGGUCACCAGCAGCUUCCUGUCACCAUGGCCCCCAGUUGUGACAGAUGCCUCAUUCAAGGUGAAGAGCCAUGUCUACAGCCUGGAGGGCCAGGACUGCAAAUACACCCCAAUGUUUGGUCCUGAAGUCCGGACCCUGGUCUUGAGCCUUGCUCAGCUCAUCACACAGGCCAAACAGACUGCCAAGUCCAUCUCUGACCAGUGUGCGGAGAGUCCAGCUAGCCGUUCCUUCCUGUCAUGGCUGGGCUUCGGCGCCACAGACCCAAACAGCUGCUACCCGGGCAAUGACCUGGAUGAGAUGGGUCAGGACAGUGUCCGCAAGACGGAUGAGUACCUGGAGAAGGCCCUGGAGUACCUGCGCCAGAUAUUCCGGCUAAGUGAAGCCCAGCUGGCCCAGCUCACACUUGCCCUGGGGAACACACGGGAUGAGAAUGGGAAGCAGCAGCUACCAGACUGCAUUGUGGGGGAGGAAGGACUCAUCCUUACACCUCUGGGCCGCUACCAGAUCAUUAACGGUCUGCGAAGGUUUGAAAUUGAGUAUCAGGGGGACUUAGAGCUGCAGCCCAUCCGGAGCUAUGAAAUCACCAGUCUGGUCCGAGCACUCUUCCGGCUGUCCUCUGCCAUCAACCGCAGGUUUGCAGGCCAGAUGGCGGCUCUCUGCUCCCGGAACGACUUCCUCGGCAGCUUCUGUCGCUAUCACCUCACCGAGCCAGCCCUGAGCAACAGACACCUGCUGAGCCCUGUGGGGCGGAGGCAGGCGACCAGUCCUGCCCGGGGCCCCAGGCUCAGCCUGCGUUUCCUGGGCAGUUACCGGACGCUGCUCCUGCUCCUGCUGGCUUUCUUUGUGGCUUCUCUGUUCUGCAUUGGGCCCCUGCCCUGCUCCUUGCUGCUGGCCCUAGGCUACCUCCUCUAUGCCGUAGCUAUGACGCUGCUCACGGAGCGGGGCAAGCUGCAUCAGCUCUGACCUGCUGCCGUCUCUCCUGAGCAGACUUGUGGGAGUUGACACACGACCCAUUCCUGGGCCUGACAGGCCCUGGCAGGUUGCUUUGCAGCCGGGAAUAGAAGGGUAGGUCAUCUCCAGAGUUCUUGGGAGUGGUUUCCUUGCAAAGACGGAGUUAUUCAGAAGAAACUGAUGUGGGAAGGGAGAGUGGUCCAGGCUGGGCCUGUAAGGGGUGGUGUCAGAAGGCUCAGGAGCCGUUCUGCAGGUCAGUGAGUGCUGCAUGGGUCUUCACCUUCAGCCCAAGGUCCCACGAGUAGCUGAGCCAGUACUCCAGGCCUUGGUGACCAUUCUACUGUUUUGCUCUGCAGAGCUCAGGGACUGUUGUACCCACAGCAGGCUCUAGGCCUGGGCUCUGGGAGCUGAUCCUGCCCGAGCCUCUGUGAGGUGGGCAGAGUGGGUUGUGAUAUCUUCUCUCGCCAUGAAACACCAGGGCAGCAGCUCCACAUCCACUCCAAAGGAGAAGCCGAGUUUUUAAGAGAUGACUGAGAAGGUCAGCUCUGCAUUCGCUUAAACAUCACUUUUGCUGCUGCCCUUGGUCUGUGCCCAGCUGUCGGCCCCAGGAGACCCGCAGCAGCAGGCAUGCCAGGCAGACAAGUCAGGGCCUGGGCCAGAAGCCCUUAAGUGAGCUGUCACUUAGAGUGGGUUCCAGGCCCACAGUGCCCUGGGGCAGGCCAGCAGUGAGGAGAGCUGCUGGUCCCCGGCUGCCUAGGGUGGAGCUGGGUCCUCCCAGCCUCUGUGGGUACAAAGUGCAACAGCGUUGGCUUUACCGGUCAAACCAAGGACUUGAAGGGAAAGCCACCCUCACAGUCAGAGCUCAGGCACCGCAGGCCUCGUCUUCACCCUGCAGGAGACACCAGCACCGCCACCACCAGCAGCAGCAGAAGCAAAACAGUCCUUUGUUUUGGGUGUGCACAGCUGUUUUUUAAGGAAAAAACCUUUUUUUUCAAGUGUUAGCACUGGUCUUUGUAUUUUCAGUGUCAUUUCAGAAUACAUCUGGGGACUCAUGACCAAAAGUCAAAACAUAACUGACCAAGGAUCCGAAUAAAAUAUUCUUCGGAGACUC